UUUUUCUACAGUUGCGCUGUACGUAACUUCCGGGUACGUCUCGGCAUCACUCGCCAUCAUUCCUCUUUCUGCGGUUAGGACUUAUAUUUAGCAAGUUUGUGCUUGUUUUUGUCGUCGCUUGAGGCUGCUAACGUGUUCUGGCACGUCACGAGUGCAUAUUCGGCUCAGUAAAUUGAGGUAAAAAAGAUUGGUAUUGGCUUGUUUUUGCGUCGAAAUAAAGGGACUUGUUGCCGCGCAUGCGCAGAUCGACAUCAGAUGUGUUAGGCAACGGAGCCGUGGACGCAAAACACCGACGUGAAUUCUCUCAGAAGGCGCUUUACAUGCGCACGUUUAUCUUUUGUACAGGAAAAUAACACAAUUUGGAACUGACUCCAUGGAAACCACGUGUGGAAGAGAUUGCCAGAUGAAAGUGAAGGACUUAUGGUGUCAAACCAAAAGGACUGAACAAGAGAGAUAGGAAAAGAACAUGGGGAUGUUUAGUCAUGGAUGAUGCAUGUAUUACACAAGCUUUCUCCUCACAAACAAUGUUCAGGACUGUGUUAUGUUUUCAUGAUCUACAAUGAAGGAAAUCUUCAUAAACCUGGUGGUUUGGUGGUGGUCUACCUAGACCACAAAAACUUUUUCCUCCAUACGAAUUCAGUGCAACGGAAAUUCAUCAAGAACUUGGCAAGUACCCAAACACUCCAUGUGAAAUUCUUCUGUCUUGAAAGCAUGAUUCACCUCCUAAAAUUGCUGUAGACGUGAGUAGAAAUUAGAAGCAGUUUUUUUUUUUUGUUAAGGAGGAGUGUUUUUUGAGGAGAAAGAAAAAACAACAACCCACAUCUGUCUUUUAGAUCAUGGCUUUAUGCAUGGUGAAUUCUGCGCUUCUGCUAUGUCUUGUGAAUUUGGGAUUUUCCUUCUCUGGGAUAUUUGACCCUUCAGGCAAAUAUGGCACAGUCAGUGAGCACGACGUGCGGGCAGAUUUCCAUACGAACACCAACACAACCACAGAGAGAGGAUUUCUCAUGCCAUCAAACAUCCACCCCAACCUUUAUUUUGACCUGACAGAAGUGCGACGACUGAAAAAGAAAGCUGCCGGUACACAUGGACACGUAUUUAAAGUCAUACGGAAUGCCGUGACGAUCAUGCUCGACAGCCCGUCACUCUAUCUGCCACCCAUGAACCACGAGGAAUUCGCAAAGAAAUGGAAUGAGAUUUACGGUAAUAACCUUCCGCCGCUUGCUCUGUACUGUCUACUCCAACCUGAAGACAGCACCGCAUUCCAGUUUUUAAUUAAGUACAUGGAUCGUAUGGCUGAUUAUCCUAACUGGAUGGUGACUAGUGCACCAAAUGAUGAGGUUCCAAUAUCCCAUUCCCUCACUGGCUUUGCUACAGCUUAUGACUUCGUUUAUACCUAUCUGGACACCCAGAGAAAGGUUCGCUACCUUAAGAAGAUUCGUGCUGUAACGGCAGAACUUUAUGAACUGUCCAAACAUAGAGGUUGGGGUCGUCAGUUUCUACAAAAUCACCAGACUACAAACAUACUAGCUAUCCUUACGGGAGCUAUUGUAACCGGUGUCCACAAAGAUCGUGAGACCAUGAUGUGGAAGCAGGUCGCAGUGAACUACAUGGAAAAGACUAUGUUCCUCUUGAACCACAUCGUUGAUGGUUCCCUGGAUGAAGGUGUGGCAUACGGGAGCUACACGGCCAAAUCAAUCACUCAAUACGUUUUCUUAGCGUCACGUCAUUUUGAAAUCGACAAUAAGAAUAACAACUGGCUGAGAGCCCACUUCAUGUUCUACUAUGCCACUGUGCUCCCUGGGUUUCAAAGAACUGUAGGAAUCGCAGAUUCCAACUACAACUGGUUUUAUGGGCCAGAGAGUCAGCUGGUAUUUCUCGAUGCAUUCGUGCUCAGGAAUGGCUCUGGAAACUGGCUGGCGCAGCAGAUCAGGAAGUCCCGGCCCAAGGACGGACCCAUGAUGCCGUCUGUAGCACAGCGCUGGGCUACUUUACACACAGAGUUUAUCUGGUAUGAUGCAGAGCUCGCUCCUCAGCCACCGCCUGAUUUUGGGAAACCAGACAUGCAUGUAUUUUCAAACUGGGGUGUGGUGACCUAUGGCGCAGGCUUACCUUCAGGGCAGGACAAUACUUUUGUGUCUUUUAAAUCUGGGAAGUUGGGUGGUCGAGCAGUGUACGACAUUGUUCAUGCUAAGCCUUAUUCCUGGAUUGAUGGCUGGACUAACUUUAACCCGGGUCAUGAGCAUCCGGAUCAGAACUCAUUUACUUUUGCACCAAAUGGACAAGUGUUUGUCUCUGAAGCUUUGUAUGGACCAAAAUACAGCUAUCUUAACAAUGUCUUGGUAUUUGCACCUUCCCCGACUAGCCAGUGCAACACGCCAUGGGAGGGGCAGCUAGGGGAAUGUUCCAAAUGGCUAAAAUGGGGAGAAAAGGAAGCAGGUGACAGCGCUGGUGAGGUCAUUGCAGCGUCCUCAUACCAGGACACUAUGUUUGUCAGCGGUGAAGCCGUGUCAGCUUAUUCGUCCGCUAUGAUGCUGAAGAGUGUCUAUCGAGCCCUUGUUCUGCUCAACUCCCAAACCUUGUUAGUGUUAGAUCAUGUUGAAAAGCACGAAAAAUCUUCUCUGACAUCAUUUAGUGCCUUUUUCCACAAUCUUGACAUCGACCUGAGAUACGUUCCCCACAGGUCUUUGAAUAAGUACAGUGGAGCUCUAAUGGAUGUAUGGGACGCCCAUUACGAGAUGUUUUGGUUUGACAAUCAGGGAGUCAGUCCUGUUGGCAGGAUACAAGAAGUAGAACAGGUUGCAGAGUUCAAAAAGAGAUGGACUCAAUUUGUAAACGUUACUUUUCCCAUGGAUGACGUAGUCAGCAGGGUGGCUUAUCUGAUGCAUGGCCCUUUUGUCAAAGUAUCUGACUGCAGGUUUGUUGACAACAGCAAAAACGGAGUUAAACUAUUAGUUACCCUGAAUGACACUGAGACGACAGUGACUAUAGCAACAAACUAUAAAGAUAUUGGUGCCAGACACAGCUACUUAGGCUUUCCAGGGUUUGCCAAAGCAGAGAAUGAACAUAGAAUUAUUCAUUUUGGUCAAGGAGUUCAGGUUUUACCUAGCCGAGGGAAAAAAGACUCUACAUUUAACUUCGGUUUCAUGAUCAACGUCAUUGCAGUGUGGGUUCUGUGUUUUGCCAUCGCUGUUUUGAUCAUAAAGAGAAAGUUUAAUAUUUCCUCACGUAAACUUUUUCGCUGCACUGUCAUUUCAGUGCUGCUUUUCUGGGUUCUGGAACUCUUAGUGACAUCACAUCGCUGUCAGGAGGUGCUGUGCGGCAUAAUGUGGAGGGAUCUUCGAGUCUCUGAAGAAGCCGUCACUCGAUCUGCGUUCCCCCUUGAUCGCACCCCGGACACCCUUCCGUUCAUAAUCAUCACCUCCCUUCCCGGCUCCGGAGCAGAAAUCCUUCAACCGCUUUUCGACAACAGUUCUGACUUUGUGUAUCUCAGCAUUCCCUCCACAUACCUCCGCAUUCCUGAGACCAGCUUUUCUCCUGAUUCUUUCAUAGACGCUUGUGAGUGGUCCAGAGCAGAUGCUCAGAAUGGAAAGUUUCGAGCCAUUCAAGGAUGGUUCCAUUCUAUGGUCCAUAGUAUCAAACUGCACCUGCAAAAUAUUCAGAUCUACAAGAGCAGUAUUCAGGUGGAAAAAAAGGGCAUUGCUCAGGCAACAAGGAAGAGGCGGAAGCUCCUGAUGGAAAUGAAUGAGAUCAGAGACAGGCGGUCUACCUCGAGAGAAGUGGAGUACAUCAAGGAGUUGAGACAGCACUUGUCAAACUUCCCGAAUGCCUGCCCAGUGUUGAAUCUUCGCAGUGGGAGCUGGUCCUUGAAACUUUCAUUUGUACAAGAGGUCAUCGGGCGCUCCUUACGUUCUGUUCAAGUAGUGCGUGACCCCCGGGCAUGGAUCUAUCUCAUGCUCUACAACAGCAAACCGAGCCUUUACUCCAGCAAAAACAUCAGAAAACACUUGCUCAACAUUCUGAACCAGGGUAGUGACAGGGCAGGACAGACCUGCACACAGUUCCAUGCGGCAUUUCAGCCUCUGCGUGAGAUCCUUGCUCAGCCAGAUGCUAACCCCGUGCUCUUGCUAGCUCAUCUCUGGCUCGCUCACACUUCCGCUAGCCUCCAUGCGAGCGCGGGUUUGCCCUCCCAAACCUACCUUCAUGUGAAGUUUGAGGACAUUGUAAACUUUCCUGAGGAAACUGCAGAAAAGAUACACAGGUUUAUCGGCGUGCCUGUUGCUCCAGCAGCCAUAAACCAGCUCGCAUUUGCUACAUCCACAAAUCUGUAUCAUCUCGUCUAUGAAGGGGAUAUAUCACCUGCUAAAAUUAAUUUGUGGAGAGAAAAUAUGGCUCCUGAUCAGAUUAGACUUAUAGAACAUGUGUGUGGGACUGUCAUGGACACUCUUGAGUAUAACAGAUACGUGUUUGUAUGAAAUAAAUGGAAUUGCUAUUUGUAUAAGUGCAGAAUUGUUUCUAUAAAAUGGAUGUUUAAAAACA